CCAACAUCUGAACUGACACCAACAUCAGCUCCAACACCAACAUCAGUACCAACACCAACCUCUGAACUGACACCAACAUCAGCACCAUCUUCUGUGCCAACACAAACAUCAGUACCAACACCUACAUCUGUUCCAACCCCAACAUCUGAACUUACACCAACAUCAGCUCCUACACCAACCUCUGAACUUACACCAACAUCAGUGCCAACACCAACAUCUGAACUGACACCAACAUCAGCUCCAACACCAACAUCAGCUCCAACUUCUGUGCCAACACAAACAUCAGUACCAACACCUACAUCUGUUCCAACCCCAACAUCUGAACUGACAUCAACAUCAAUUCCAACACCAACAUCUAUUCCUCCUGGAACAUAUACCACAACAACAACCACAACUCCUGAACCUCCACCAACAUCUUUACCUACACCAAUCUCUAUUACAACUCCAACAUCAGUACCAACACCCACAUCUGAACUGACACCAACAUCAGCUCCAACACCAACAUCAGUCCCAACACCAACCUCUGAACUUACACCAACAUCAGCUCCAACUCCAACAUCUGAACUGACACCAACAUCAGCUCCAACACCAACAUCACAACAUCAGCUCCAACACCAACAACAGCUCCAACUUCUGUGCCAACACAAACAUCAGUACCAACACCUACAUCAGUUCCAACCCCAACAUCUGAACUGA